GGAAACUCCGGUUUCCUGGGGGCCCUGGGUUCCUUUUGAGGGUUGCGUAAUGUACGUUGGAGAGGAUUUAGACGACUUUUUUUUUACUUUUCUGAACCUGCCCUGUCGCCCGCUCCGCUCCCCUCCAACCAGCUGCUCCCUUCCACACUGGUUCCACUUCCCUAAGUGCCAGUAACAGUGGAAAUAGUGUGUGCACGCACAGGCUCCUGGACCGUUAAGAAUUAAUUCAAGAGUACUUCUGCCUGCUAUCCUAUCCUAGCUCCUCUAGAGUUCUAGAAGGUCGACGUUGUGGUAGCCAAAAUCGGGCUUUACCCUCACGGUGCCCUGGAAUUUGUGUUGCUGAGUCAGCAAGGCUUUCCGAUUUGCUCGGUUUUUGUUGUUUGCAUUUUAUAUCAAGAUGGGAACUCAAACAAGUCAUUCCUCCUAAGGAUCUAGUGUCUCUGUCAAGAAGGGACAGUUUGUGCCAGCUCUCCAGAGAGAAAAGGUCUGCUGGAAGCACUGGGCAAUGAUCCUGAGACUCCAACCCAGAGUGGUCUGAAAGCAUUUGGGAAAGAAGAGGGAAUCUUGGGGAAGAUGGCCAUGGCCCCAAGCCCUUCCCUGGCUCAGGUGUACACCAGUCCCGUGGCAGUGGCUGUGUGGGAAUGGCAGGAUGGGCUGGGCACCUGGCAUCCCUACAGUGCCACCGUCUGCAGCUACAUUGAGCAGCAGUUUGUCCAGCAGAAAGGCCAGCGCUUCGGGCUGGGGAGCCUGGCCCACAGCAUCCCCUUAGGCCAAGCUGACCCCUCGCUGGCGCCUUAUAUCAUUGACCUCCCCAGCUGGACCCAGUUCCGCCAGGACACUGGCACCAUGCGGGCUGUGCGCAGGCACCUGUUCCCCCAGCAGUCGGCCCCUGGCCGGGGCAUUGUCUGGGAGUGGCUGAGUGACGACGGUUCCUGGACGGCUUAUGAAGCCAGUGUCUGUGACUUCCUGGAGCAACAGAUGGCCAGGGGCAACCAGCUUGUGGACUUGGCUCCCCUGGGGUACAACUAUACCGUCAACUAUGCCACUCACACGCAGACCAACAAAACUUCAAGCUUCUGCCGCAGUGUGCGGCGCCAAGCAGGACCCCCGUACCCAGUGACCACCAUCAUUGCUCCACCAGGCCACACGGGAGUUGCCUGCUCUUGCCAUCAGUGCCUCAGUGGUGGUGGAACUGGCCCGGUGUCAGGCCGCUACCGCCACUCCAUGACCAACCUCCCUGCAUACCCUGUCCCUCAGCCCCCCCACAGGACCGCCAUUGUCUUUGGGGCCCACCAGGCCUUUGCUCCGUACAGCAAGCCUUCCCUCUCUGGGGCUAGGUCUGCACCCAGGCUGAACACCGCCAACCCCUGGGGUGGGGCGCCCCCCUCCCUGGGGAGCCAGCCCCUCUACCGCUCCAGCCUCUCCCACCUGGGACCGCAGCACCAGCCCCCAGGAUUGUCCACUGCCAGUGGAGCCAGUGCCUCCCUCCCCAGCGGUCCUGUGAGCAGUCCUGGGAGCAUCCCUGCCGCAGUGCCCGUGCAGAUGCAGAUGCCGAAGCCCAGCCGGGUCCAGCAAGCCCUUGCAGGCAUGACGAGUAUUCUGAUGUCAGCCAUUGGACUCCCUGUGUGUCUUAGCCGCGCACCCCAGCCUGCCAGCCCUCCCGCCUCCUGUCUGGCCUCUAAAAGUCACAGCUCAGUUAAGAGAUUGAGGAAAAUGUCCAUGAAAGGAGGGACUCCAAAGCCAGAGCCAGAACAGGUGAUAAAAAAGUAUACGGAAGAGCUGAAAAUGGCCUCAGAUGAGGACUGCAUCAUCUGUAUGGAGAAACUGUCCGUGGUGUCCGGGUACAGCGACGUGACCCACAGCAAGACCAUUGGGCCAGUCGCAGUGGGCCGCCUUGCCAAGUGCAGCCAUGCCUUCCACCUGCUGUGUCUGCUGGCUAUGUACUGCAAUGGGAACAAGGACGGAAGUUUGCAGUGUCCUUCCUGCAAAACCAUCUAUGGAGAGAAAACUGGGACCCAACCCCGAGGCAAGAUGGAGGUAUUCAAGUUCCAAGUAUCCCUCCCUGGCCAUGAGGACUGCGGGACAAUACUCAUAGUUUACAACAUUCCUCACGGCAUCCAGGGCCCGGAGCACCCCAACCCUGGGAAGCCGUUCACUGCCAGGGGGUUUCCCCGCCAGUGCUACCUUCCAGACAAUGCCCAGGGCCGCAAGGUCCUGGAACUGCUGAAGGUAGCCUGGAAGAGGCGACUUAUCUUCACAGUAGGGACUUCCAGCACCACAGGAGAGACGGACACAGUGGUGUGGAAUGAGAUCCACCACAAGACAGAGAUGGACCGCAACGUGACAGGCCACGGCUACCCUGACCCCAACUACCUGCAGAAUGUGCUGGCCGAGCUGGCUGCCCAGGGAGUGACUGAGGACUGCCUGGAGCAGCCGUGACUCCCCAGCCUGGCCAGCCCCCUCCCCACCCUACCAUGCCUGCCUCUGGCAGCCAGCCACCCUCUACCCACGCCGCCGGCUGGGCUGCCCCUGGGAUGGAUGGGCAGGCAGGAAGGUGCCUUUCCUCAGAGGCUGCGGUGUGUGUUGGGGGCCUGCCUUCUGCCGCCUCCUCCCCUCCAGGCCUGGAUGUGUGUGGAGUUGGGCAAGCCUGGGGAGUUGUACUCGUGGGGGCUUAAGAUGCAGCUACCUCAGUGUGUGGGGCCCUGCCCUGGGCAGGCGGCUUUGGGUUCAUAGUGCCGGGGGCCUGGUGUGGGGUGAGGCCAGACUGCCCCAUUGUGGCCUGGGCAGGCGUGGGUUCCCUGUCAGCUUCUCAUACCUCAGACAUUCUGUUUGCAAUAAAUGCCGUAUAGCCAAAGUCAGA